AUGCUGAGGGUGCUGCUGCUCCUGGGGGGCCUGGCCCCCGCCCUGUCCGCUGGUCCGCACGGGCAGCAGCACUGGCAUGAGACACACCCGGAGUGCGGGGGCCGCGCUCAGUCCCCCAUCGAUAUCGCGACAUCGCGGGCACGGCACGACCCGUCCCUGCCGCCGCUGCUGCCCGAGGGCUACGAGCGCCCCGAGAGCCCCCAGCUGACCCUCGCCAACAACGGGCACACCGCCGUGCUGGCGCUGCCGCCGUCCCUGCGGCUCCGGGGGCUGCCCCGAACCUUCGCGGCCGUUCAGCUCCACUUCCACUGGGGCCGGCCCGGGAGCGCCGCCGGAGCCGAGCACCUGCUGGACGGGCGCCGAGCCCCCGCCGAGAUGCACGUGGUGCACUUUGACACCGAGCGUUUCGCCGAUGCCAGCGCGGCUCAGCAGCAGCCGGGCGGGCUGGCCGUGCUCGGCGUCCUGCUGGAGCUCGGAGACAACCCCCACCCCGCCUAUGACAACAUCCUGAGGCAUCUCGGCAGCAUCCGCCACGCAGGGCAGACGGUGGCCAUCCCUUCGUUCAGCAUCCGGGAGCUGCUGCCCGAGCGGCUGGAGCGCUACUACCGCUACAACGGCUCCCUGACCACCCCGCCCUGCUCGCAGAGCGUCCUCUGGAACCUCCUCCCGCAGCCCGUGCGCAUCAGCCGCGCCCAGCUGGAGCAGCUCCAGGGGAGCCUGUACUGCACGAAGGAGGAGGAGGAGCCGCAGCUCCUGGUGAACAAUUUCCGAGCCCCGCAGGAGCUGAACGCGCGCUCGGUGCUCUCGUCCUUCAGGGGGCCACAGGGAUAUUCCACAGGUGGAAUCAUCGCCAUCAUCUUGGGCACCAUCGCCUGCUGCGCCGGCCUCUUCCUCGCCGUCCACUUUGGGGCCAAGAGGAUGCGGGCGAGGAGGGAGCAGGCACAGGACGUGGUGUUCAAAUCCUCCCCCCGGAGCUCGCCCACUCCCGCUGAGCCCUGACCCGGGCUGGGCCGGGCUGGGCUGGGCUGGGAGGAGCUGCCCAGGCCAUCCCCCAGCCCCAAGGCAAAUAAAGCCCUUUCCCCCCUCCUGGUGGCUCUUUGUGAGGAGGGAAGCGGCGCCUUUGAGGGGCUUUGGGCUGGAUUCUGUCACCCCCAAGAAACCAAAACACCCCAGGUGCCCCCCAGGGCUGGAGCAGAGCACAAUG